AUGAACUUGGAGGUCGUAAAAGACAAAAAUCAGAGGAGGAAAGGCAGGAUCUAUCGCUGGAAAGCCUCUCGUAUACGGCAUAGGCCCUCCAUACCCAACCCGCGGUCAAGCCCUCACUCAUUGCAUUCAACACCCAUCAAAAAGUUUAUCUUCCAUCUACUGCUACAGUUACUAUACCUCAUUGGCUUAUUGUCGCUAUUACAGCCAUCGCCAGUAGCUGCCAAGACAACUGUACCCAACUUGAGUUGGGUCUACUGGUCGGGCAAUGGCACUAGUCCUCCUGCAAGAUCUGAUUUUGCGAUGGGCUAUGACUGGAGGCGUCGUCUUGCUUAUAUAUUUGGCGGCAGAGCAUCCGAUGGAACUAUAUUGGAAGAUACAUGGGUUUUAGAUGUAUAUAAUAGAAGGUGGAGGAGGCCGUUAGGUGCUGCUUCCGUCACAGAUCCACAUCCUCCUGGCAGAUAUGCUGGAGUUUGUGGAAUGGAUCAGCCAAUCUCACAGGAACGAGAUGCCAUGGUUAUUUCCACUGGAAUCGGUGCUACGCCAGAUGGACAGAUGAUCCUGUAUAACGAUGUAUGGUCGUUUGAUCUCAAUUUCGAGAUAUGGAGUAAACUGAAUGCCUCUGGCCCAUUGCCAUCACCCAGAUAUGGAGCAGCCGGUGGAAUAGAUUUCUCAAACUCCCGAAACACGAAUACGACGCAAUUCCUGCUCAUGACACAUGGUCGUGGAUUUCAAGGCACUCUGAACGAUGCACAUAUAUUAUCAUUAGGCGGAGCAGUCUCUGGAACCAAUUACAGUGGGUUAACUGCUGCUUGGAAGGCCAUAUCUAUUACGUCACGUCUGAUACCGCCACCUCGAUCGUCCUUGGCGUCAACAGUCUUGUCAUCACAAAGACUUUUUCUUCAAGGUGGUUGUGGAGAUGAUCCAUGGGCUUUACAGAUACCGGGCAUUGCAGGCACUUGCCCGGCGAAUGAAGCCUAUGUAUUGUCCGUAGAUCCUGUCACAGUGACGGGUACUUGGCAAUUAUCGAGUACUACAGAUUGUCCUGGACCGCAAUUGGAUGGCUCUAUGACUAGGAAUCCAAAUCCAUAUUCAGAUUCUGUAAUCUUGGUCGGUGGUGAUCCAGGUGCUCUGUUUCCAGAGCAAUUGCCGGGGCAGUUUGCCAUUUAUGAUUCUCCUUCAUCGUCUUGGGGCGUUGCUGUUGGAUCAUUAUACCCUGGCACUACUGUAUAUCCAAAUCCUCGACGUGGAGCUGGACUAGUUGCCACAGAUCCAACUACAAAUCAGGGCCAAGCUGAUGUGAUCAUGUUUGGAGGUCAAUACUUUGAUGGCUCUGGUGCAUCAACCGAAGUCUGGCUACUUCGUCCAUUCACCAAUGUCUCCACACUGCCAAAUGCUCUACCUGCCAACUCGACGAAACCUGAUAUUAUCGAAUUAGGAUGUCCUAUAACUCCCAAUCUAGUAGUAGUCCAUGGGAUCUUGAUGUUUGUGGCUUUCGGUAUCCUCAUUCCUUUAGGUGCAGCUCUGGCAAGAUAUCUGCCACGAGGUUCCGACUAUCGUAUCUAUCUACAUGGCACAUUACAGUCAUUAGGAGCAUUGCUGGGCGUCGUAGGCCUUUGUCUUGCAGUACUCAUGAUUGGCCCAGCUCGUCAUGCUGCCGUCCCUCAUGCAUGGUUUGGAUUGCUCGUGCUGGCCGGUGUAGUAUUUUUGCCAUUUUAUGCCUUCUUCCGACCAGACGUAUCACCACCGACAUUUAAAGGCUCUAGUAAACCUCUGUCGUCGUAUAAAAACAGGACAACUAUAGAUGGAGAUACUUCACAUUCGAGACCGUCUAAACGACAACGUGCACAGGACGCCGUCGUUAUGCCUGGUUGGAGAGCACCAGGAGCUGAUGGAUAUCUCGCAGAAUUGGCCAAUGAUCAAGGAUCUGUAACGUCGUUUCAACAGCACCCAACUUCACCACGUCAUCGCAACUCAUCCGCUGUAAAUAAUAAUGUCAAUAAUUCCGAAAGGAUAGCGCCUUCGCCCACUCCAUUGCCAUCAUCUAGUAAUGCAUUACCUCCGGCAUCUACGUCGUCUGGUUCAACGUUGGGUAAUAAUCGUCCACCGGCAGACUUUGAUCUAGAUACCUUUGCUGACGAUUCGCAAGAAAUUGAUCAACAAAUGGAUCGUGAAACCAUCCAAGGUUUGAAAGCUCUGGCUAGAUGGACUAGAAUACAUACUUUUGUUGGUUCCACCACUGUGCUUUUAGGUCUGGCAAAUGUGGCCCUGGGUAUUGCCUUGAUCCCAGAUGCUAGUCGACAGUAUUUAGGACCGUAUUUAGGAUACCUGUCGGUUUACUUUGUCAUGUUUUGCACAGCCGAGUAUUUUCGCUAUCGCCGAUACCCAGAUAGGAGUAUAUAUUCUCUGUGGAGAUACAGGGCUGAGUACCUUCUCUACCUCAAGAAUAGGUGGAGUGAUGCAUGCCAAAUAUGUACUGGUUUACGACGUGGUGGACCGAGAGAAGCAUGGUCUGUUGCCAAGACAAUGAUGGAGGCUAAACGUAUACAAUCUGAAGACAAUUUGCCACUGGAAGUUGUAGCAGCAGAUUCUCCAAAGGAGAACGGGAACGCUACCCACGCAAAUGUAGAUUUAGAUGGUGUAGCACCUGCAGCAGAAGAUGUGCCGUGGGGUGAUAUGUCUUUGGGAUAUCAUGCGCUGCCUAGGUCUAGAGUAACCAGUCAACAGUCUCAGUUAUCACCAGUCUUGCAUCCAGGCUUUUAUAAUCCACCAGGCUUUACAAAUGAUCGUAUGUAUCAACAGCAGCAUCAUGUAGGAAUGUCUGCAAACGACUUGCUUAUACCGCAGAAUGACUUGCGAGCACCUCGUAAACUUGAUGUCGUUACUAUGGGACGGCCAGUGUCAACUCAGCAGCCCCGUCUAAAGUCUCAACGGUAUUCUGAUCCAGAACUGUCGAAUCGGUUCUUGCGGGAUGGUGGAAUGCUAAAUUGGCAACGAUAUGGUCAAGGUCCGUUGAUAGAUUUGAGCAACUUGGCUCCUAUAAAUUCAAGAGCCGAUAUUGCUACAGAACAAGUCUUUGGUCCUCCUAUAGUACCAUACACUCGGUCUAGCACAGAGCAUCCGAUGUUGACGCCAGUACCAAUAAACAAGCCUAAUAGUAAUAGUGGCAAUCUAGUAAUGUUUGCAGGUCCCACGGCUGAAGGUUUGAGCAAUGGAAUUGCUAGUGGUCAUAGUAAUCAUGGUCCAAGCACUAGUAAAAUAGUAGGCCGGUCGUCUGGUUCUUCUGGUGAAAGCUCCAGAAGUAAUACGGACGCUGGAUCAAGUCCCAUGAUUGAAGCAUCAUUGCCAACUCCCAGAACUAGCUCUGCAAGUGGUCAAUCCAACAGUAACGGCAAUAGCAAUAGCAAUGCCAACAACUAUUCCAACAGCAAUCACGUCACGUUUUCCGAUCAACAUCAACAACAAGGAAAGGGUAAAGCAUCUGUAAAUACUGCUGCCUCCUUAAAAUCAUCAGCAUCAUCGACAUCAUCAUCUAAAAUAAUUAUACCACCGUUACCUCUACCUCCGGCAAUGGGACUCCCACCACGAGUCCCCGUUGUAACAACCACACCUGCAUCUCCGACACGAUCCUCUACGAAUAGAAUAGCACCACCAUCGUCACCGCCACCAUCUUCUUCUUCAACAAGGCCGCCACAAUACCAGUUACCAGCUGUACUUGCUCCAACAAACUUGUUUGUUCAACCAGCUAUAGGUGCAGCGCCCCAUCAUGCCCAUCAUGAUGAUGAAGAUGAGGGGUUGGGUAGUGACAUAGAUUCUAAUAGUGAUGAGGAUUGA